GUUAUUUGUAGAACUCUGGCAGCUCUCUUAAAAACAAGCAUUUUUAUUAUAACACAUUUUCUUAAAUUUUGUAAGCAACAUCCAAAAAUUAACGUUUUAAAGGCAGCUAUAUCUUUAAAAACACAACAGACAAUGGCCAAGGCGAUACCCGACCGAUGGCUGAACUACAAUCCGAUCGGCGAAAGGGUGCCCGGGACGCGUUUCAUAGCCUUCAAGGUGCCGCUGCAUGAGAAUGUCAACGCCAGGGUGGAGGAGAAGCUGCGCCUGGCGCCUGAAUCGCUGAUGGAAUCGGUGCCGAAUCUGGGCCUGAUCAUCGAUCUGACCAACACGAACCGCUACUAUCAUCCGAAUGCCUUUGCUGCCAACGAUGUGCGACAUCAGAAGCUAAUGAUACCGGGAAAACAGACGCCACCACGAGCGUUGGCUGAAAAAUUUUGUGGCUUUGUGGCCGACUUCCUUGCCAGCAAUGCGGAUAAUGAUAAACUAAUAGGAGUUCAUUGUACACAUGGUGUGAAUCGUACUGGUUACCUCAUCUGCUAUUUCAUGAUCACCAUGAUGAAGAAGUCACCCAAGGAGGCUAUAGAAACCUUUGCUGCUGCUCGUGGUCACGAGAUUGAGCGUCAGAACUACAUGAGUUCUCUGAAAGACCUCACACAAAAAGACGAAAAGCAAUCCAGCAUAGAAAGCGAUGGCAGUGGCAAAAGUGAUUCCAAGCAAAGAUCAUCAUAUAGAAAAGAAUCUGGAGAUAGAUGGCAGCGGGAUUACCAGAGACAUGAAGGCUAUCAGAACAAAUACAAUCGCAUAGAUCAGAAUCACAAUUACCGGAAAUCUUAUCAAAACUGGCGAACCCAAACACCAAAACCAUAUUUCCGCUCUAAUGGCUACCAAAGGGAGUCGAACUACCACAGAGACAAUCGUUCGCCUUACCAAAACCACCAGCGAUACGAUAGAAGCCACAGUGCUCACAGCUCCCACAGAUGGCAGGACUACAAAAGAGAUAAUUAUCCCAGAGAAGAUCAUCAUUAUCAUUAUGACGGCUCAAAUUGGCAACAGGAUCGCGAAGAGCGUCAAGACAACCGAUCAAGAGGCUAUGAUCAAAACUACUAUCAAAACCACCAUCGAGAUGAGAGAAGACGAAGCCACAGAAGCCGCCGGCAUCGCGAUAGCGAUGUAGAGUAGCUGCUAGGUAUUAACUCCUUGACAAACCCAAACAAGCAUGUAAUUUGUAAUAAAUAACGCAAUGACAGUUUUGGCCAAUUUGUAAAUUAUGGCUAAUUAAAGUGCAACAAGGGGAACAACAAUUAAAAUUCAUUUGCAACACGAUCGAGUGAUCACAUAAUGGUAGUAAUGGUAGUUAACAAGCCGUCGGCUCAGAUCGUGUGAAGAUGCUGCAUCUCCGAUAAGCAGCGAGAGGAGAGCGCGUGAAAAUUCCGGGAAAUUCGCAAGGUGACCAGCGGUGCCCAGGGGUUCUGGCAGAGGACAGUGUCAAAAACAAAUGUCAGAAUGGCGAAAAAAAAAAUAUAUAAUACAGACAGUGGGGUGGGGUUGAGUAAAAAGUAGCAGAAUUCGUUUUGGUGAAUUUUAUUAUAUUUAAAAUAUUUUAAAUUAUAAAUCAUGGUCAUCAUCAAAUUAAUAACUUGAGAGUACUUGGGAGGAGUUUAGAUCAUUU